GGAUGACUGAGGUGUAAUUACUGAUUACAGCUGUUGGCACGUGUCAAUAAAUCUUACUUUGCUCCAAAACCACAGGCCUCCGUGUCCUUUCAGGCUUCCAUAUCCCGCCGGAUGCCGCCAAGAGAACGGAAAAUUCUUCCGCCCAGAGAGAGAGUCCAGGGUAUUUCGGCUAAUGGACGGGCUAGGUAGUAUGUCCUUGCAUGAGCUGAAGGCAUGGAGUGCCACGUGCAAUACAGCGAUACCGUGUCGGCGUGGGAAAGUAUACUCGACAAGGUAUGCUUCAGAUUGGCUUCUGUCGAAGAAGCUUCUCGCCGUCAGGCCACCAAAACCAUCACCACCUUCCACACUCUAGAGACACCUGGACAAUAGUGCCCAUCGUGCAAUAGAGUCCUCGAACACCUCGAACACCUCGAAGAGAGCCGAUCAGAGCCAACAGAAGACUUCCAAAGCUGUGCUAGGAGGUAGAUGCAGCUGCUAGGAAGCCGGUCAGCUUUAGGA